AGGGGAAAGGUAAAGAAAUAGGACAUAUAAUGUAUGGAUCAAUAUUUUUUUCAUCGAAAUACCCAGCAGUGACUGCCUUGCACUCCUGUGAGCCUUAAAGUUUCGGUAACAGUUUGUGAGUGUAUCCCUUCCCUUGGCUGACAUAUUGAGCUGCAUGUGGCACACUUUCUGUACAAGGUAAACACACAGACCCAAACAACCAUGAUGCAGCAGGGAGUAGAGACUUUGCCUGGCAGCCUGGCAAGCCUCCUGUUUCUUGGCAGCCCUCAGAGGAUCAAGAGGGUUUUGUGCAGCACUCUGUGCACACGGCGCGCCCGGUAAGGAGCUGUUGAAACCAUCGAAGCUUCACUUAAAUGACGCCACGCUGACUGUGGAGCUCCAAGGUUCUAAGGGACAAGCAGGAAGGCUAUACAGCGUUGCCUGGAUGUUGCAUCUGGAUGACAGCUUCUCCGCUGCAACCCGUGCUGUCACCUCAGCUCCGGCAGCUCCGGCCUUCCCGAGCAACAUUCAUCCUGUGUGCACCGCUUUCUUCGUCCUGUCCCGUUCUGCCCCAGCGGGGCUGUAUCCUCAGAUCCCGCCGAGCCAGCCACGGAGGUGCUCUCGUCCGCGCUCUCUGCAGCAACGUGUGCUAAUGCUGUGUGCUGCAAGAGAUGUGGUACUGGGUUUUCCUCUGGGCUCUCUUCUCCUCUCUCUUUGUCCAUGGUGCUGUGGGAGUAUUAAUGUUUGUGAUGCUGCAGAGGCAUAGGCAGGGGAGGCUGAUCUCUGUCAUUGUGGUCAGCAUUGGAUUUCUGGGUUCUAUAACUGGAGCCAUGAUAACCAGUGCUGCAGUAGCUGGAAUUUACAGAGUAGCAGGGAAGAAUAUGGCUCCCCUAGAAGCUCUUGUCUUUGGUGUUGGACAGACAGUACUGACAUUAAUUAUCUCAUUUUCAAGAAUUCUUGCAACGCUUUGAGACUUAUGUAGAAGGGGGGAAAAUCAACUAGUCUUAAGGAAAUCUUUAAUAUGAGGAGAAGCUUCCUGGAAGUGGAUUCAUCAGCUUAUGAACUUGAAUUCUUGUGCAAGAGAAAGGAAGCUAUGUGGAAAGUGCACUACAAAUCUAGAGGCUCAGUCAAAUGAACAGACUGUCCUCUAGUGUUGGAACUGUUGUACUUCUGCACUGCACCUCACGUGCCUCGGUCACAGGCAAGGUGCAAUCCUGGUGUGCGGAGUGGAGAUGAAGCACCUUGAACAGCUGCCAGUCAGGUUAAUGCUUGGUGAUGGAAUCAUUGUUCUUAACAUGUAAUAAAGUAUUAAGGAGUGGUCCUGAAAAUUGCUGUAUGUGCCAAACUUGGAGUUUAAUUCUGAGCAGGUGGCUGGGUAAGUUUUGAAAUAUGGCAGAGUGCUGUGAACGUACACAAUUCUCUUUGAGCUCUAGUGAAAUGGUAAGAUAACUGACUUUUGUAUUAGCAGAAUCUGUUUCAAUGCUGAAUGUUCUUGUUCAGCAUUCAAAACAACUGUUAGAUCUGUUUCAAAAUGUGGAUGAAUUUUGAUGGGGCUUAAGAACCACAGCUUUAACAAUGCUGAUAUAAUUAGCACUAUGUGAAGAAUGUCUUAUGGCAGUUUUCUGAAGCUUAGCACAUUUCUUCGUGAUUUUAACCUGUCAGAAAUCAGGAGUUUAAGGAGACUGUAUGAAGGUUACUAAGUACAAUCUGUUGUGUAUGCACAAACAAACCUUAAAUUGAUGUUUUCCUUGAAAUUAUUUUUUCUUAAACAUACAGAUGGUUAUCAGCCAUUCUACAAACCUCAGAAAGGAUAUUUGUUGCAAAUAAGCUCCCUGUAUUUAUUUAAGCAGUGAUGGGGCCCUUAACCCUACAUGUAUUCUGUAAAGAACACACAAAUAUAACAGACUCUCAGACAAUACACCUAUGAGGAAAAUGGAGAGAGGUAAAAACAUGAUAUACCAUUUUUCUACUGAACAAAAAUAUUAAGUUUAAUAAAAUAGUUGCUAUACUCCAAAAAUUUGGAAGUGGGGCAGCACUAAUGUAUUUACUACCUUGUUUCUGAACACUUCAUAACUUUGGAAAGAUUAAGAUACCUGGAACUUUCAAAUACUUAGCUUCCAGUAGUUUGUGCUUUUCUAGUUUAAAAGGGACAGUAGUGUUGUGCAUGUGGAAUGUCUUAAAUGUGUUUUGGAGUAAAUAGAAAUUUUAGGUCUAAUGACUAUUUAUGAGAUACAAAAUUUAAAAGACAUAAAAUUCUAUGAGGAAUAAGGAAUCUUUUACAUCUUUCCUCAUCUGAAUGCUUUUCAGCAGUUGGCUCUGAAUACUGAAAGGGAGAGUAAAUUGCUCAAAGGUUUUGCUGUUAUGAUGUCGAAAAGAUUUUCCAGGCUGUUGAAAACAGUAGGCACCUACUGCACAGAUAAAACAAUAUGGUUAAAAUAUAGCUUACAAUCCAGUCAUUGCUUAGUGCUUCAAAAAUAACAAAUUAACCUGUCUGCCUUUAUCUCACUCCACAUAUUUUUUUUUAAGUACUAAGAAAGCUAAUAUUAUUUGUUUUCUUUAUUUAAGUCUUGUUUGGAAAAUGUACAGUUAUGGGCUUUGCAGGGGACAAGUUAAAAUAUAGGUUUUUAAACAUUUUCAGUGUUAUAUUUUUGACUUUGAAUUGCUUUAAAAAUGUGGCUGAAUACAUAUACUCUCAUUGUUUUGAGUGUCUUCAAAACCUUAUUUUUGUAGUUUGUUUUUUUGUCUUGGGGCUUUUACAUUCUGCUUAUGCUUUUUGGCAAACAACCAUUGCACUUUAGUAGACAAUGAAAUUAUUACAACUGUAAAAAGCAAUUGAAACUUCUCCCCAUUGUCUUAAAUUGUGAGAAAACUGGUUUCAGGUAUUUAAGUCAAAUUGAAUAAUAAAAUAAUUGAAGAUAUUUCUCCUAAUGUGCCUUGUUACAUAUAUAUUUAGGGGAGAGGAUUAAAAAAAAAACCUGUUACAUCUUCA